AUGAAGUCAUCAUUAACGGUAUUCUUGAUAUUCUUAGUUUCCGUUUGGCGUAAGAAAAAGUUGAAAUGGAGAAUUACCGAAUUCACCAGUCAGUUGUCGGAUUCAGUUGUUAGAUCUGAACUAGCAAGGGCACUUAAAGCCUGGUCUGACGUGUCAGCUCUGUCCUUUACAGAAGUCACUUCCGGGGAGGAUAUACAUAUAAAAUUUGUGAAAGGUGAUCAUGGUGAUGGUUUCCCUUUCGAUGGUCCAGGAGGUGUAAUUGUUCAUGCAUUUUACCCGGAAGAUGGAAGAACACACUUUGACGACGAAGAUAUUUGGGUCGUCAAUACAACGGGUACUGAUCUUUUUACCAAUGCUGCACACGAAUUUGGACAUGCUCUUGGGCUUGGCCAUACAAACGUCGAAGGUGCUGUGAUGACACCGGUUGACACUGGAUAUGUACCAAACUACAAACUUCAUCCAGCUGACAUUGCAGGAAUACGUGCUUUAUACGACAACAGACCAAAAAUUUGCCGAAAUGGAUAUGAAGCUACAAUUAGAGCUGGAAUUGUUAUAAUACCUUAUUAA